CGAAUCCGAACCCAUUUGAGUUUAGACAUAAAAACAUGAUUUUUCUUUUUUUAACUCGCGACUGAAAACGAGCUUGGAUAGGAAGUAAAAAUCUAAUCUUUUGAUCUCUUUUCCUCCUCCUCCUCCUCCGUGAGCACCAAGGAGAGAUCUUUAGAACUCAAAUCAAAUCGAGAAAGCAAUGAACGGGACCCACCGUCACCAUCUCCUCCAGCUAGUCCUAUCCUGCCGCAAGAUCACGGCGCAGGUGACUCAACCAGGUACCUCCACCAUCAUAGCCAUGGCUUCCUCCUCCGAGCAAGAGUUCCUCGCCCAGAGCCGCGCCAAUCUCUACCGCUUCCCUCGCUCCAACAACUUCUGGGACUCCAAGACGGCCUCUCGCGUCGGCGAGAAGCUCGGUCUGCGUCUCAGAGAGCUCGGCGUCGACGCCGUCUCCAUUGACGCGGAGGAAGAGAUCUCAAGACCCGUUCACCACCGUAAAAGGGUUUUGCCGUUGUUUGACUCCGUCCGUCGCAGUGGAAUCAGAGUCGAUGGAACUGAUCAGUUAAACGAUGUCGUCCCCAGAGAUUGAGUAUUAUUUUUCUUGAAUGAGUGAGAGAGAGACAUAUAACAUCAGUUGCAGGUUUUAUCUUAAAUGGUUUUGGUAGUGUAGUAACUUCUUGAUUAUCUCGUGGUUACUAGAGAAUCUCUGCUACAUUGCAUUAUCAAUUAACCAUAUACUAAAAACUUAUAGCUCAUACAAUCAUUAGUUCAUUACCAAUGCUGAACUGUUAGAUGUUAGCUUAAUCACUGAUCGUCCACAAAGACAACAUGUUAUAUAAUAACCACUAUGCUUAAUUGCAAUUACAAUGUGUAAAAUACAUUUUUUUCAUCCAU